AUGAAUAUAUUAAAUAGAGAUGAGGUCAAAACGCUGGCAGACCGAAUGGUAGCCACUAUUGAGGUCUCUUCUCUGCCCAGGCUAUGGUUUAGCAGUGCGUAUAGACUAGUUGACCAGAAACCCGAAAAGCUGUCCAAAGUACAAAAUGAAGAUAUUUCAGGAGUCAUUGCAAUAAAAAAUGAUCGUCUUCCGCUGGACUUUAGCAGGGUUACACCAAAGUAUCCUCACAUAUCCUUUGAGCCCGACAACUUUCAGAAGCAGUGCUUUUACUACAUCAAUAAAAGCCAGAGCAUAUUCGUGACAGCUCACACAAGCUCGGGAAAGACCCUUAUAGCAGAGUAUGCCAGCUACAUUGCAGAGCUGCAUGAUACAAGAAUGAUAUACACGUCUCCAAUUAAAGCACUGAGCAACCAGAAAUACAAGGAGUUCUCGCAGAAGUUUGCAAGUGUGGGUAUAUUAACAGGAGAUGCGCAAAUAAAUGGAACUGCAAAGUGUCUAGUUAUGACAACAGAAAUACUGAGAAACAUGCUGUACAGAGGAAGCACAAUCCUUGAUGACGUUGAGUUUAUUGUCUUUGACGAAAUACACUAUCUGGGGGACAAGGAAAGAGGCGUAGUAUGGGAAGAGGUUAUAAUUAUGCUUCCACGGCACAUAAGUCUUAUAUUUUUAAGUGCCACCAGCCCGAAUGCAAAAGACAUGUGCCAGUGGAUAAGCGUAAUAAAAAACAAAGAGAUGUAUCUUAUUGGAACAGAGAAAAGAGCAGUCGAGCUAGAACAUGGCGUGUACUUUAGAAACAACCUGCAUAUGCUUACGCAGAACCAGGUGUUUAGCCACGAAGAGUACAUGAAGGCGAAGAAAACAGGAGCAGCUGAGAUUUUUAAGGAGAAGCAGAGAAGCUCGCCUGCGCUAUUAAAAAAGCCUGUAGUAGAGGCCAAAAAAAGAGCUCCAAAUGAACUGGAAACCCCAAUAAACAUAGCAAGAGACCUGAUACAGAAAAACCUGGCCCCAAUUGUGUUCUUUGAUUUUUCAAAGUCGCGAAUAGAGCAGUCUUUCUCCAUGUGUGAUUCGCUAGACCUGACUACAUCAGAGGAAAAGACACUUAUUCGGGAGUUCAUAGUGGAUGCGCUGCAGAAAUUGCCGAAGUCAGACAGAGAGCUUCCGCAGAUAAACUUUGUGGUUCCUAACUUAAUUCGGGGAGUGGGCAUGCACCACUCUGGGCUGCUUCCUAUCCUCAAGGAGAUUAUAGAAAUGCUUUUUACAACAGGUGCGCUGAGAAUUCUCUUUUCUACCGAAACACUUGCGAUGGGGCUAAACAUGCCUGCGCGCACAGUUGUAAUCAGAACAACAAAGAAAUACAGCCCAGAGACAAGAUCGUAUGUAGACAUCAAUGUCGGUGAGUACACACAGAUGGCAGGCAGGGCAGGAAGAAGAGGAUAUGACAUAAAAGGAACUUCAAUCAUAGAAUGCACAGGACAAGAGCUGCUGCCAGAGGCGCAGCUUGUAAAGCUACAGACAGGGACGGCCAUGGCGAUUGAAAGCAACUUCUACAUCACUGCGCGAAUGAUUCUAAAGCUGCUUCGAGUGAAAAGUGUGUCGAUCGAGGAAAUGGUGCGGUAUAGCUUUGGAAAGUCCAAAGUAGAGCAGCAGAUGCGCAAACUGAUACAUCUUCAAAUUACACUAAAGACAGAGCUGCUGCACUCUGUUAUGUCGUGCGAAAAAUGCGAAGAUGCACAGAAGUAUGUUUAUAAUUAUCAAAACAUUAUAUCCGAUCUAGAGACCGUUUAUAAAAAGGCUGACGUGUCUCAGCACUCGGGCCAGAUUAUAAUAUAUGCGGACAAAAGCGCAAUACUAGCCAUUCCGCAUAAUAGAAUAGAAGAAGAGCUUGACAGCAGUCUGCUUAUAGAAAACCCAAGUGCAGACAGCCAUCCUUCCUUAGUACUUAACAAAGAGUCAAAAAGACCGGAAACAAUACCCACAAAGGACUACAAAGUGCACAAGUCUCAAUCCGAUGCAGUCUCUAUGUGGAGUGAGCUGUAUACCUUUAAAUGCAUUGAAUGCCCAGACUUUUCAAUCCAUUACAAAGGGCAUCUAAAAGAAUACCUGCUUAGAGCACAAAUAGAGUCAAUUGACAAGCAGCUGGCAGCAACAAACACCACAGGACUUAAGUGCAACAACUACUUCAACUACAUUAUGUUCUUGCGUAGCCUUGGAUAUAUAGACGGGCUAAACAAUAUAAAGAUGAAAGGAAAAAUAGCAUAUGAGUUUAACUCUAUUGAAUGUGUUCUGACAACUGAGGUUCUGCUCUCUCCGCUGAUAGCAGGCAUGAAAACGCACGAGCUUAUUAUUGGGCUAGUUGGGCUGACGUUCUUUGAAAAGCACCAGCUUAAAGAGGAGGCUGAGUAUGCAAGAGAGGAGCCACGGACAGAACAGAUACAAAUUCUCAUGCCGGCAAUUUCUAUAAUAAGCGAAAUAGUGAAAGAUUUAAGGCCCACCUAUAAAGCCUACAAGAUCAAAAUAGAACAGCCAAACCAUGCAUUCUGCGGAGAGCUGGCUCUUUGGCUCCAAGGAAAGUCAUUGGCUGAAAUUAUUGAUGCAUCUCCUCUUUCUGAAGGUGUAAUUGUAAAAUACGUCCGAAAGGCAACGGAAAUAUGCACAGAGCUAUCAAUAGCAGCGAAAAUACUUGGAAAUCCAAAACUCUCUCAGGAGAUUGAUGCGGUGAAUGAAAAAUUAAAAAGAGGAAUUGUUUUCACUCCCAGCUUAUACUACGGAUAG